AUGUGGUCCUUUACUGCGGCUGUGGUGACCCUUUGGAGUUUCGCGGCGGCAUCCGGAAGUUGGGAUGUCUGUGCCAACCACGUGGGACUGCUCCAACUAGACCUCUCGUUGACGCCGGCAGACACGUCGCUGGCGGUGCCGCCAACGUUGCGGGCCGCGGAGCCACUGAAGUUUCUGCACAUCCCAAAGUGUGGCACUUCCUUCUUGAAUGCCAUUGUCCACACGCCGAGCCUUUGUCCAGAUUUGGAUUGGCGAUAUGAAGUGAAUUCGGACGUCCUGUCCAAGAGCUUCGAGAGGGACUUCUGGCAUGAAUGUCCUCAGGUGUGCAACCAGAGCAGGUUCGAGUGCAACUCGGCCUCCCAAACCCACGAGGGCAUUGGAAGCAGCUAUAGUUCCUACAAAGGCCACUUGAUCACCAUGAUGCGGCAACCGGAACAACGGGUUUUGAGCGCCUACCACGAUGCGCGGUUCGACCACGGGGCCUCGCGAUACCCCAACGUGUCCGCCUAUGCGGAAGGGGUUGCAGGUUUGGUGACCUGCCAGCUGACGGGUGCGAAGUCUGUGGACCCGGUGCCACAGUGUGGAGAGCUCCAAAAGGCCGAUGCCCUGGCAGCAGCCCAGCGACUGCGCGAGGGCUUCGUGUUCGUGGGCAUCAUGGAGGAAUGGGACAUGUCGAUGUGCCUUUUCCACAAGAUCUUCGGAGGCCACUGCUGGCACUCGGAUUUCGAGAAUUCCCGGCCGACGGACCCGGAGGAUACCAGUCCGUACAACGUCUCCGAAUUGGAGGGAUUCCGGGACGAAUUGGAUGGCCUUGUCUACGAGGAAGCCAAGCGCAUCUUCAGGGAACAGCUGGUUGCAUACAACGUAUCCACAGACAGCUGUGCCGGCUGCUGGUCCUUCCGCCGUGCCAGUGGUGUGGUGGAAACCAAUCUCCAUGGCGCUGCGCGGCCGAUGGCGAUGGCACGGAUGGCGAUGGCGUGGUCAAUGGCUUUGAUUCUGGGAAUCCUGGGCUGA